GUUAUCUAUAAGCACCGAUAGCGAUGGGAGGCGUGAGCGGUGGGCUGGGCCGGCUCAGGAUAUUAGUCAACCGGACAUGGCAAGGGGCUGAGAGGCGUGGCCACACCAGCGUUCUAUAAAAGGUCCCGCGGCUGAGCAGCCGGACUAGUGCUGUGGUUGCUGAGAGCAAUGAUUGGCUUCUGCGCAUUGGGCUUCUUGGUCUUCUCUCUGAAACGGAGUCGCCGGUCCUUUUUGCUACUGCUACUGCUACUGCUGCUGCUGAAUCGGUUUUUGCAAGUAAUGGCUAUGCUACAAUCACACUCCAGACAGAGCCUGAACUCCUUCAACUGCGCCCUUGGUGAAUACAGGUCUAGUGACCUGUGCUGCAAGUUAUGUCCUGCAGGUAUGUUUGUCCAGGAGCCCUGCACGAUUCCUCAUACCCAAGGACGGUGUGAGACGUGUCCCCCAGGAUCGUUCUCAAGGAGUGCUAAUGACCUCAACUCUUGUAUACCUUGCUCCACCUGUACUAAAGAGCAGGAAAUGGUGGCCGACUGCUCUGCCACCAGUGACCGGGUAUGUCAGUGCCAAACAGGUCAUUACUACUAUGACCCGGAAGUUCCAGAGUUUUGCUGCCCAUGUACCACGUGCCCCCAAGGAAUCCCUGCCCUUCAGGAAUGCAACCCCACCAACGACACAGUGUGCCGUCAGUCUGCUUCAAAUUCCAGAGACCGGGUAUUCCUACCAAUUUCCCUAUUGCUGGGCAUUUGUCUGAUGUUGUUGUCUGCUGUAUCAUAAGACGAUAAUGGUUCUACAGAUGUUGUCUUGGCUAUCGUUUUAUUGCAUGAAGAAACACCAUGGAGGCAACUCUUUUUUUUUUUUUUUUUUUUUUGAGAGAGAGACAGAGUUUCUCUGUGUAACCAGCCCUGGCUCUCAUUGUCUUUGACUCAUUUGUAGACCAGGCUGGCCUCAUCCUCACAGAGAUCCAGACUAAGGCAACUCUAAUAAAGGAAAACAUCUAAUUGGGACUGGC